CAUCACCGAGGACUCCAGAAACACCAGGGCCUCAAAGCAAUGUGACAACAGGACCUGGAUUGACUGCGACUCCUGGCACUUCAAGAAUAGGCCGUGUGAGUGUCAGGAUCACUAUGGAUACUGAACGGAUUGCUGUAGGUCUUUUACAUUCCUUGCACUGCGCGCGGGCAUUCUCGCAAAGAUUUGAUCUACAGUGCGAGCAAUCAUCGUACCAUGGCAUCCGUUCGACACUACGGCUGCUGCAACGACGAAUAAACCACCUCGUGUGAAAGAGACAAUAGCCGUUCAACAGAAUCUUUCCACACAGAAACUACUAUCGCCAUCUCCAGCCGUCCACCAUUCCACCCUAUCCUUUACUACUGAUCCAUCGACACAAAGCAUACACGCUAUUCUGAUUGCACAUCUAUUGCUCGCACUUAUCAAUACUGUUCUACGUCAUGCUGCGAAAGCUGUACUUGCUGAGGCAAAUAAGGGUCUAAGUAGUGGAACGCCAGUGGAUCCAGUGGACGAAAGCCUUGGCCUGCUGGGUGGGGAGACAAAGCGAUGGAGACACGUGCAUUAUACAGAUGUGUAGCAAAACGAUUAUUGAAGAUUGAUCAGACUGGGCGAGAGCAACUUGUUAAAUUUAAUGUAUGAAUCUUCUUUACAGUAAUCAUCAUGUGCUUGUAUCUCCUCCCUAUUUUUGGUAACCUAUCUGCCUCGAUAGUCUUAUAUA